GGUUCCUCGGCUCGAUCUUCGAACCUCCCCAGUUGAAUAUCCCGGAAAUCGAUGCUGAGUUGAUAAUGGCGGAAUCUAUUUGCAGAGCUCUUCGAGACGGAGCUUUUGAAGGAGAACAUGCACCUACCCUCACAAUUAAGGACACUAUAAACUUACCUUACGGACCUCACAUCUUCAAUCAUGUCCUCUCUCAACUCUCCUCCAACAUCUUGGCGGGAAAAUCGCAGUCUAAAGGUCUGGUGCUUGUUGCUUUGUCUCGGAGUCCGUCUUUCUAUUUUGAUUUGUUGAAGAGUAGAGGCAACGAUGUGGCUUCCUCACACAAAUGGCUAAGGGUUCUGGACUGUUAUACGGAUCCUCUCGGUUGGAAGGACCGGCUUGCAGAAUGUGGAAGCAUUAACAAUUCCUCUGCUGAAGCUUCAAGCACAGUUUGUUUGUUUAAGGAUUUGAGAAAUAUGGAC